CUUCCUACUUAGGCUUAAUCAUGCAAUACUUGAGCUAGGCUCUAUGGAUUUUGUGUAUGACAUCUUGGAAAAGUUAAAAUCGUUGAUUUUGCGCCCGUGGAAUUUCUUGAGGUUUCUGAUAAGUGAGAUUGAUUUGUCGUGGUCUUGGGGAUAUUUGUGGGGAAUCUGGUUACUACUGGUGGCAAUCCUUGUUUACUUUCUAAGAGCUCCAUUAAAGUUGUCUGAUAACAUUAAUGCAAUGAGCGUCUUCAUCAGUUCGUUGACGCCCAAGUUUUACGUUGCCCUCACAGGAACAUCUUCACUUUUGUCAGGAAUUAUUCUGAUAUUCGAGUGGUGGUACUUCCGCAAGUAUGGGACAUCAUUUAUCGAGCAAGUUUCAGUGAACCACCUUGGACCAUUGCUGGGUGGGGAGGAUAAUGAAACAACAUCCACCCAGGCUAACGAUUCAAAACAAAAAUGUAAAGUUUGGAGGAACCCCCUGAAUCUUCUAAGGGGAUCGGAAUAUAACAGAUAUAACUGGGUAACUGGACAAGAAGCGCUCACGUAUUACGACAUGAACCUAUCUGCUCAAGACCACCAGACCUUUUUCACUUGUGAAACCGACAACAUCAGACCUGCAGACAACGUGAUGCAGAAAGCAUGGAGGGAGCGAAACCCACAAGCGAGAAUAAAAGCUGCGCAUCAAGCUCUUGACCUUGACCAAGAUUGUGCAACGGGAUACAUACUACUUGCUGAGGAAGAAGCUGUAACAAUACUAGAGACACGAACGUGUUGGUUUACAUCAAGCGUCGAUUAUCGAUGUGUGCGAGGAAACUCGGGAAAACGAGGGAAGCUGUCAAGAUGAUGAGAGACCUAAUGAAAGAGUUCCCGAUGUUAAACGUUUUGAAUAUUCACGAGAAUUUGUUGGAAGCAUUGCUCGAGUUACAAGCAUAUGCUGAUGCACAGGCCUUGCUAUUUAAAUAUGAUGAUAUUAGUCUUCCCAAAUCAGCUACGAUUUGUUACACGGCUGCUUUGCUCAAAGCACGAGCAGUUUGUGAUAAGUUUUCAUUGGAGGUAGCGACAAAGCGAGGAUUGUCUUCAUCCGAGAUGACGGCAGUUGAAGCCAUUCAUCGAGCUGUGGAGUUCAAUCCUCACGUUCCUAAGUACCUUCUCGAAAUGAAAAGCAUAAUAUUACCACCCGAGCAUAUAUUGAAACGUGGGGACUCUGAAGCAAUUGCUUAUGCGUUCUACCAUCUACCACAGUGGAAGAAUGUGGAGGGAGCUCUUAAUUUACUUCACUGCACUUGGGAAGGAACAUUUCGAAUGAUUCCGUACCCACUGGAAAAAGGACAUUUGUUUUACCCGUAUCCUAACUGCACUGAGAAUGCUGAUAGAGAACUUUUACCAAGUUUCCAUUACGUAUCAGUUUACCCCAAGAAGGAAUGGCCCUUCUUUAUUGUGUUUGUUGGUUGUCUAUGUUCCUUCACAGCUAUGCUUGCCAUACUGACGCACCAGUACCCUGAUAUUAUGAUACUUUUCGCAAAAGCAUUAAGUGAGUUUCUUGGAAUGUUGGUGGCGCCGAUCACUUUUAUCCUGGAGAAGCUAGAUAGUUUGAUGCCGACAUCCAUCUGGCACGUUCUGACAAGAGUAUAAGAAGAACAUUACAACAUGGCACAUAUACACACCCUACCUAACUGUCAAUACUUCGUUACUGGUAUAACACUCCAAAAACGGUGUGUUACGUGCCCAACUGGUGAUUGCAUUUGAGAAAAGAAAUCAAAAUAAGAUUUU